CAGCAUCCGUUGCGUCCCCCUACUCCAGUAGCAAUGCGGAUAUUUUUGCUCCGUUUAAGCCUGCUCAAGAUAUUCUCCACCACAGAACAUGUUUUAGUUUUCAGCAAUAGGUUGGGAUUAAGAUUAUUGAAAAUGUUUUCGAGGGAGGAGUCAGGAAAACGUAAUCCAAGAAAAUAUAUUGAUUAUGUUUAAAAUUUUUUAUGGUUUUGGAAACACAAAAAACAAAUGAAAAAUGUAACAUUAUAUCACAUAAGUAUUGAAUUGGCACUGCCAUUUAAAGUGCAUGUCUUUGUGAAAAUACUUUGUUUGUUCAUAAUUAUUUUGUUACAACCAGACAAACUAAAAUUAGUGAACGUUUUUAAAGACAAGAGUAUAUCUGAAUCGGUAUUAUUAGUAUGGUGGUUUUUAAAGUAUUUAAAUUUCAAAAUAUUUUGUUGACGGAAUUGAUUACAUGGUUCAGUUUGCAGGACUUUUUUAUGUGAUCAACCAAAAUCUUUUACAACAUCCGCAACUGUCUAAUAAUAGCACUGUGCUUGCUUUUGACCAACAAUAGCUUGCCUACUUUAUUGGAAACGAUAAUUGAGCUUAUUCUGACCAAAACUGGACGAGUUUUUCACCUAGCAAUACAGCGUUUUGAUGUUUAGGAACCUAAAUUGGAUUUUUAUAUAGGGUUAUUCAUCAUAUUCGCAUUUACAUUGCACUGCUUGAAAAUAUUAGUAUGAGUAGUCAACCUGAUUCCCAGGAUUCCUCAACAAAUCUUAAAUAUUUUAAUUUGGGAUGAAAAUUUGGCGGGUCUUUUUGUCACGAGUAAAAUUGCAAACAUAUCCAGUUCAGGACUAUUCAUUGCGUCUUUUAUACGUCAAUGUUGCAUGUUUUCCGACAUAACAAAGUCGAAAGGGGACUGGAUACGAGGUUGAAAAAACAGUCUUUAAAUUUAAUGUAUUUCAUGUUUACAGUAUCUGUUUGUAGAAUGAUAGAAAAACGAAAUACUAUGUAUACUGCGGUAUUCAGUUUUAAGAUUUACGAAGAAUUAACAUAUGUUAGCUAGAUUUUUUUUAUCAAGUCUAAUUGAUUCAGGGAUGAAUUAGUGGAAAGUAAAAAUUUUGUUGUGAGGGGACAGAAGAUAAAGUUGUUAAGUUGAUAAAGUGAUUUAUAGAAUAACAAAAUUUCAAGAAAAAGAAGCUUGGAACUAUAUAGUUCUAAGAAAAAUUAUUAGCAGUGAAAAUAUAUCAUAAAGAUGAUCAUGGGGCUGGUUGCAGAAGAUAUUAAUUAGAUGUAGCUGAAGCUUGGAGGAAAGGGUUUCGAUUGACACUCUAAUCAGUUAUCAAAACAAUGUCGUUUGUUACCAUGCCAACAAUUUCACCAACAAACACUACGACCGCAACAUUGCAAAAUAGUGUUGGUGACGUCACAAGCGAGAUGACAACAUACAAGUUAGUGAAGAUCAUUCUUUUCUCCGUCAUUUUAUUGGUUUGUUUAUUUGGAAAUACUCUUAUCAUUGCUGCCAUUUUGAAAAACAAGAAACUAUGGACGGAGGUGAAUCUCCUGAUUUUCAAUUUAGCUGCAUGCGAUAUUAUGACGCCUCUGUUUGGUAUUCCCUUCACGCUAAUUCAUCAAAAUACUGCGUCCUAUCAGUUCGGAAGGGUGGGAUGCAAAAUUAUUUUGCCCCUAGCAACGUAUAGCAACAAUACAAAUAUAUUUACGUUAGUCCUCAUAGCUAUUGAGAGAUACAUAGCUAUUUGCCAUGUGAAGUAUCGCAUAUCAAAAAGGCGAGUGUGCGUAAUGAUUUUAUUCGCGCAUAUUUUAUCGAUAUUAUCGAUAAUUCCAUAUGCCUAUCAUUUGAAACACGAAGUGUUUUACGAAAGUGGAACCGAAAUCGCGUAUUGUUAUGAAUCAUGGUAUGGCACACCUGAACAAAAAGCAUACACUUUGGUACUGUUUUCUUUACAGUACGGUCUGCCAUUAAUAAUCAUGGCUGUGUUAUACUCGUUAGCAUGGACGACGAUUAAAAGCCAGAACAAAAAGAUGAUAGAAAUGAGCGAGGCGUUUGAAAAUAAAAUGGGUUGGGAAAGCAAGACUAACAAUUGGGAACAUUUAAAUGAAAAAGUGUCUUAUAGUCAGUCGAGCAGUCACAACGCCAUAAGUGUUAGAAACAGCGAAUUUUCAGAUAUAGAGAGUGUGACCAUUGACAGCACUAAUACAAGUACACCAGACUUUUUACAAAACGAAUCUGCAGCGAACAAACUCCUGCAUCAGAAAAGGUUCCAAACCAGACAUUUAUCGAUUGACUUACUAAAAGAAAAAGGUGAGAACAAAAGAACCGCCUCCUUUAGUUCAUUACAAGAUGCUAAAAAUAACAACUACAAGUUGAUGAGGAAUAAAAAGGUAAACCAAUCAAGUAGAGGUAUGAGAAAGAGCAUCACAUUGGAUAAAAUUAAAAACAUAACAAAAAAAAUUAGUGCAUUCCACAGACCAGAUUUUAAAAGUGAGGUGUCACAAAUCCGAUAUAAGCAAACGAUGCGUACCUUAAAGAUGUUCACAACAGUCGUUGUGGUAUUUGCCAUUUUUGCCUUGCCUACUCAGGUUAUUUAUAUCUGGCAGGAUUUUGAUAUAAACAAAGGCCCGAUUCCACCUUCUUUAGCAUUAAUCUUCUCGAUUUUAACACACUUUAACUCGAUGGCAAACUCCUGGAUUUACGGAGGAUUUAAUAAACAUUUUCGUGCGGCUUAUAAAGAAAUAUUCGUUUCAAUUUUUAAGCGAGUCACAAGAAAAGUUUCAUUGCCGAGAAAAAACCUCUAUGAGAGACAACAGUUGCGAGAAAACUGUUCUGUGAAAAGAAGAGAGAGACAACAGAAAGUCGAGAGUCGAAGGAUAGCUUUUUCAAGGAUGUUUGAGGAUCAUACUUUUAAUUUUGAAGAUUACGAACAUUUAUACGAUCUAAAAGAAGUCCGAGAAACACAUAUAUUAUUCUAACAAAGAAAUUAUCCAUCACUCUUGUUCUUUAGCAAAAUUACGUAUUAAUGUAACUAUUUUAAAUUUUUAAUAGAAAAAAAGUACAAAUAGAUAAUCUUCCAUUGGUUGAACUCGUUUUGUACCCUUUUAGUAAACUCAUUCAAAUGUGAGGCAUACAAACAUCUUUAUUAUAAUACUCAUAUGCGUCUGUCUGUCACGCAAAAUGGUACUGCAAGUAGCGAGCCGCCCGCAAUGCGAUAUAAAAAGAACGAGCGAACCCGUGGAUUUCUCCACGGGCUACCAACUAGUCAAUAUUAUAAUACCUGUAUACGUCUGUCUGUCACGCGGAUCAGUAACACAAGUGGACGCACGCAAUGCAGUGUAAAAAGGGCAGCAAACUCGUGCAUUUUUUUACGACCCAUUGACUCAUGUCUCUAAAUACUGCGACAUGCGUCUGCCGUAAAAACUUUGAAAAGUACGAUAAUUUGAAUUAAGAGACUGAAAAAUAAUAAAAAGGAGUUACAAAAUAAAUCAUAAUAUAAAAUAUAAAAAUCAACAAUAAACUUUUUGAUAAAAAUUAAUAUUUUUAUCAAAAAUUUUAUUGUUGAUUUCGUUCAAACGGGGAAAAUUUAUUUCAAUUUGUUAAUUUCAUUUCGAAGCAGAAAAAAUAGACAACAGUAGACACUAGACACGUGCAUUUGUAGUAUUUCGGAAUUUUUUCGUUGUAUUUUUUUUCGGCAACGCACACUUUUCUCGUUUACCAGCAAAAACAAAAAGCAAACAAGAUGAAUCUCAAUUGACAACAGUUUGUGUUUCUUUUCUCUCCAAUCUAUCGUCGCCGUCGAAAAUAAAUGCAGGAAAGAAUUCCGUAAUACAAUAAACGCACGCGUCUAUUAUUUCGCGAUCUUUUUUUAUGUCUGCUUUUUAUGUGAAACUAACAAAUUGAUAUAAUUUUUACUCGCUUCAGUGAAUCAAACAAUAAACUUUUUGGCAGAAAGGGUAAGGAAUUUUACUGUUUAUUUUGUUAUGUCUUAUUUUUUCAGUGUUUAUCUUUUGUUGAAUUUAUUGCACUUUCUAUUACUCGUAAAGUUGUUAUUUCUAUUUUUGAUUUAUCGAUACACGUGUUACGUGAUACCUAUUGCCGUUAUUUCGACAUAAAGUUUCGUAAUGAGCAAAAACAUACAUUCUUG